GGCAGGCCGUCGUGUUUCCCCGCACCCCUCCCAGCAGCCGCCGGCUUUGGGGCCCCGGUGGGGAGCAGGGGGCUGAUUAGCGGAGGAGCAGGGGUGUGGCCAGCGGGGCCCCGGGUAGUGAGUCACACACGCCGCUUGCCCAGUCCCGGGCCGCGAGCGCGGUCCCAGCCUGAGCCGCGCACCGCCCUGGCCCGAAGAGUGUCCCCGGGCUUGGCAUGAGGACCCAGGGGUGCCGAGGGAGGGGCUGAAGCCCGGCGCGGUGGUGGAGGAGGGCGGACAGAAUGACUGAGAACAUGAAGGAGUGCCUGGCGCAGACCAAGGCGGCCGUGGGGGAUAUGGUGACCGUGGUGAAGACAGAGGUCUGCUCCCCACUCCGCGACCAGGAGUAUGGCCAGCCCUGCUCUAGGAGACCAGACCCCUCGUCCAUGGAAGUGGAGCCCAAGAAACUGAAGGGGAAGCGUGAGCUCAUCAUGCCCAAAAGCUUCCAGCAAGUGGACUUCUGGUUCUGCGAGUCCUGCCAGGAGUACUUUGUGGAUGAGUGUCCGAACCACGGUCCCCCAGUGUUUGUGUCCGACACGCCGGUGCCCGUGGGCAUCCCAGACAGGGCUGCCCUCACCAUCCCACAGGGCAUGGAGGUGGUCAAGGAAGCCAGUGGGGAGAAUGACGUGCGAUGCAUAAAUGAGGUCAUCCCCAAGGGUCACAUCUUCGGCCCCUAUGAGGGGCAGAUCUCCACCCAGGACAAAUCGGCUGGCUUCUUCUCGUGGCUGAUUGUGGACAAGAAUAACCGCUACAAGUCCAUAGAUGGGUCAGACGAGACUAAAGCCAACUGGAUGAGGUACGUGGUCAUCUCCCGGGAAGAGAGGGAGCAGAACCUGCUGGCGUUCCAGCACAGCGAGCACAUCUACUUCCGAGCCUGCCGGGACAUCCGGCCCGGGGAGCGGCUCCGGGUCUGGUACAGCAAGGAAUACAUGAAGCGUCUGCACAGCAUGUCCCAGGAGACCAUCCACCGCAAUCUGGCCAGAGGAGAGAAGAGGUUGCAGAGGGAGAAGUCUGAACAGGCUCUGGAUAACCCAGAAGACCUGAGGGGUCCCCUUCCGCUCCCCGUGUUGAGACAGGGCAAAAGUCCCUACAAGCGUGGCUUUGACGAGGGGGAUGUGCACCCCCAGGCCAAGAAGAAGAAGAUUGACCUCAUUUUCAAGGACGUGCUGGAGGCUUCCCUGGAAUCCGCGAAGGCGGAAGCGCACCAGCUGGCACUGAGCACCUCGCUGGUCAUCAGGAAAGUCCCCAAGUACCAGGACGAGGCCUACAGUCGGUGCGCCAUGACCGUGUCACAUGGCGUGCAGAAUGUCGGCCGGACCCAGGGGGAAGGGGACUGGAAGAUCCCCCAGGGGGUUUCCAAGGAACCAGGCCCGUUGGAGGAUGAAGAAGAAGAACCUUCGUCCUUCAAGGCCGACAGCCCCGCCGAGGCCUCCCUUGCGUCCGACCCUCACGAGCUCCCCACCACCUCCUUUUGCCCUAACUGUAUUCGCCUAAAGAAGAAAGUCCGGGAGCUCCAGGCCGAACUAGAUAUGCUUAAGUCUGGGAAGCUUCCUGAACCCCCCGUGCUGCCCGCACAGGCCCUGGAGCUCCCGGAGCUCUCGGACCCCGCAGCCUCUGAGAGCAUGGUGUCCGGCCCCGCCAUCCUGGAGGACGACGACCAGGAGGUCGACUCGGCCGACGAAUCCGUCUCCAACGACAUGAUGACCGCCGCCGACGAGCCCUCCAAGAUGUCGUCCGCCACCGGGCGCCGGAUCCGGCGCUUUAAGCAGGAGUGGCUCAAGAAGUUCUGGUUCCUGCGGUACUCCCCCACGCUCAACGAGAUGUGGUGCCACGUCUGCCGCCAGUACACGGUGCAGUCGUCCCGCACGUCGGCCUUCAUCAUCGGCUCCAAGCAGUUCAAGAUCCACACCAUCAAGCUGCACAGCCAGAGCAACCUGCACAAGAAGUGCCUGCAGCUAUACAAGCUGCGCAUGCACCCCGAGAAGACGGAGGAGAUGUGCCGCAACAUGACCCUGCUCUUCAACACCGCCUACCACCUGGCCCUCGAGGGCAGGCCCUACCUGGACUUCCGGCCCCUGGCCGAGCUCCUGCGGAAGUGCGAGCUCAAGGUGGUGGACCAGUACAUGAACGAGGGCGACUGCCAGAUCCUCAUUCACCACAUCGCCCGCGCGCUGCGCGAGGAUCUGGUGGAGCGCAUCCGCCAGUCGCCCUGCCUCAGCAUCAUCCUGGACGGCCAGAGCGACGACCUGCUGGCCGACACGGUGGCCGUCUACGUCCAGUACACCAGCAGCGACGGGCCCCCGGCCACGGAGUUCCUGUCCCUGCAGGAGCUGGGCUUCUCCGGCACGGAGAGCUACCUGCAGGCCCUCGACCGGGCCUUUUCUGCCCUGGGCAUCCGGCUGCAGGACGAGAAGCCCACCGUCGGCCUGGGCAUGGACGGGGCCAACGUCACGGCCAGCCUGCGCGCCAGCAUGUUCAUGACCAUCCGCAAGACGCUGCCCUGGCUGCUGUGCCUGCCCUUCAUGGUGCACCGGCCCCACCUGGAGAUCCUGGACGCCAUCAGCGGGAAGGAGCUCCCCUGCCUGGAGGAGCUCGAGAACAACCUGAAGCAGCUGCUCAGCUUCUACCGGUACUCGCCGCGCCUCCUGUGCGAGCUGCGGUCCACGGCGGCCACCCUGUGCGAGGAGACGGAGUUCCUGGGGGACAUCCGCGCCGUGAGGUGGAUCAUCGGGGAGCAGAACGUCCUCAACGCCCUCAUCAAAGACUACCUGGAGGUGGUGGCCCACCUCAAGGACGUCAGCAGCCAGACCCAGCGGGCGGACGCGUCCGCCAUCGCGCUGGCCCUGCUGCAGUUCCUCAUGGACUACCAGUCGGUCAAGCUCAUCUACUUCCUCCUGGACGUGAUCGCCGUGCUCUCGCGCCUGGCCUACGUCUUCCAGGGCGAGUACCUGCUGGUGUCCCAGGUGGACGACAAGAUCGAGGAGGCCAUCCAGGAGAUCAGCCGGCUGGCCGACUCCCCGGGGGAGUACCUGCAGGAGUUCGAGGAGAACUUCCGGGAGAGCUUCAACGGGAUCGCGAUGAAGAACCUCAGGGUGGCCGAGGCCAAGUUCCAGUCCGUCCGGGAGAAGAUCUGUCAGAAGACCCAGGUGAUCCUGGCCCAGAGGUUUGAUUCCCGCAGCCGGAUCUUCGUGAAAGCCUGCCAGGUGUUCGACCUGGCCGCCUGGCCCAGGAACAGCGAGGAGCUCGUAAGCUACGGCAAGGAGGACAUGGUGCAGAUAUUCGAGCACCUGGAGGCCAUCCCCACCUUUUCCCGGGACGUCUGCAGGGAGGGGCUGGACCCCCGGGGCAGCCUGUUGAUGGAGUGGCGGGAGCUCAAGGCCGACUACUACACCAAAAACGGCUUCAAAGACCUGAUCGGCCACAUCUGCAAGUACAAACAGAGGUUCCCGCUCCUGAACAAGGUCAUCCAGGUCCUCAAGGUCCUCCCCACUUCCACCGCCUGCUGCGAGAAAGGCCGCAACGCCCUGCAGCGAGUUCGCAAAAACCACCGCUCCCGCCUGACCCUGGAGCAGCUCAGCGACCUGUUGACGAUCGCCGUGAACGGCCCGCCCAUCGCCAGCUUCGAUGCCAAGCGAGCCCUGGACAGCUGGUUUGAGGAGAAGUCUGGCAACAGUUACGCGCUGUCGGCCGAGGUCCUCAGCAGGAUGUCCGCGCUGGAACAGAAGCCGGUGCUGCAGACCGUGGACCACGGGUCAGAGUUUUACCCGGACAUCUAGGGGGCCGGCGUCACAGAGUUCACUGAGCUGUUGAAUAUUUUUUUAAUCUAUACUCAUAAGCUUUGAUAUAUUAUAUAAAUAUAUAUUAUAUUAUAUAUAUAUAUAUACAUACAUAUAUAUAUAUAUAUAUAUAUAUAUAAACCCACACUGAAAAUUUUUAAGAACCGAGGUGACGCAUCCACCAGAAGCCACUGGGAGCUUUCACAAAGGAACGAUGUUGGAAACCGACUCUUGUCUACAAGGUCCCGCAGCCGUUUUCACUCACGGAAGCAUGUGCUGGGGCCACACGCGUUCCCGCCUAACAGCCAACC